GGCUUGUUCCGCAGUGACUUUGCUAACACGAACCAUGAAAAGAGAAUCGUAGAAAACGGUAUUAUUUUUUCGAGACUUAGCAAAACGAUAAUAUUUUUCUGAAAUAUAUUUUAAUAGUUUCUGUUAAGUUUUUAAAUCAGAAAAAUAUCGUAAAAAGUGGUGAAUUUUAAAUAGUAAUAUACAUUUUUUAAAAUAAAAUUAAAAGUGUACGAGUGAUAUUGAAUGAACUAAUAUGGCGCUUGGAAUGAAAAGAAAUGAAUUUUCAUACUCGCGAGAUUAUUUAAGACCAUACAAAAGAAGGAGAAAACGCGAAUAUUCCGAUUGGCGUUGGAUAUCGAAUAUUUCACGAAUUAAUGGAAAAACAUGUGGGUACACUAAAGUUACCAAUGAUUUUAAUCAAAGACUUCAAGCAACGACACAAAGUACAGAUGAUUCAAAAUCACCUAUUUUUCAAGAAUUCAAGGACAAAGCAACUUUUGGGUAUGGAACAAGUGUUUCUCCCAAUAACAAUGAACCUCAUGAUAGUGCCAUGACAUCAAAAAAAGUUAUUUUUUGCGUGCAUGGAAAACUAUCUGGAUGCUGUACUCUUAUUAAAGAUAAUGACAGUGAUAAUAAAGCAGUCAAUGACUAUCAACGUCCAAUACUAAGUGAAGAUCACUGCCACAGAGAUAGAAAUGAAGAUAUAGAUAGAAAAGCUCGCAAGAAAUUAUUAAUUGCCAGUGUGCUAUGUGUUAUAUUUAUGAUUGGAGAGAUCGUAGGUGGAAUUUGGUCAAAUAGCUUAGCAAUUGCAACAGAUGCUGCUCACCUCCUAACAGAUUUUGCGUCAUUUAUGAUAUCUCUUUUUUCGAUAUGGAUGGCAAGUCGACCUGCUACAAGAAAAAUGCCCUUUGGAUGGUAUAGAGCAGAAGUAAUAGGUGCACUAACAUCUGUUUUGAUGAUAUGGGUGGUAACUGGCAUUUUAUUUUUCCUUGCUGUGGACCGUAUUAUUAAUGAGAAUUUUAACUUAGAUGCUACUGCCAUGUUAAUAACUUCAGCGAUAGGUGUCGCAGUAAACCUUGUAAUGGGACUAACAUUGCAUCAACAUGGGCAUGGACAUGGACAUGGUCAUGGCCAUAGUCACAGUAAUCACAACCAUAAACAUGAGGAAAAAACAAAUAAUGAUAAAUGUCGAGAGGAAGGUGUUUUAGAAAAAGAUGAGAAAAGAAAUAUAAACGUUAGAGCAGCUUAUAUUCAUGUACUCGGAGACUUUAUCCAAAGCGUUGGUGUUUUUGUUGCAGCCCUUAUAAUUUAUUUCAAGCCUGAAUGGAGAAUAGUUGAUCCAAUCUGUACAUUCCUGUUUUCUAUUUUGGUAAUCUUGACAACAGUAGCUAUCAUUAAAGAUGUUAUGAACGUUCUUAUGGAGGGAAUACCGAAAGGUUUUGAUUAUUCCCAAGUUGAAAAUACUUUUAUACAAAUUGAUGGUGUUGUUAAAGUUCAUAACUUGAGGAUCUGGGCUCUUUCUUUAGACAAAACAGCUCUUUCAGCUCAUCUGGCAAUUCAACCUGGUACUAGUCCUCAGCACGUUUUACGAAUGGCGACAAGAAGUAUUCAUGAAAAGUAUAAUUUCUUUGAAAUGACACUUCAAAUAGAAGAAUUCAAUGAGAAAAUGGACAACUGUGAACAAUGCAAAUCGCCUUCUCAAUAGAAUAAUAAAUAUGUAAAUAUAAAUGUCUUAUUUUUAAAAGUAUUUGUAUUAUUAUGCAUACAAAAAGAGAGUGGGAACGAUUAGCUUCAAAAUCAUGUAGCUUUAAUUCUCAGGUUUUAGUGAAUUUAAUGUAAUUUUAAUAAAUAUUAGUUAAAAAUAUUCUUGUAUUAUACUUUUUAUCUAACAGAAAUUCAAUAUUCGUCUUAAUGUUCGUUGAUCCUACUACCGAAAGAACGGACCUAAAACGGAAUCUACUUUCAAGAUAGUAUGUUUGGAGUUUGAUUUGAAACAAAUAGAGCUCGAAUUAGUAAUCACCUUUAACUUAUAAAAUAACGCAUUUAUGUCAUAGUAAUGAAAUUUAAUAAAGUAUUCCUCUUUUUAAAUAUUUUAAAUGAUCCGUUACAAUAAGCACAAGUUCAAUUCGGACUCAAAACGAUACGAAUCAUAUGUAUCAUUAAGUUCCUUUUUUGGUCCAUUCUGUCGAUAGAAGAGGAACAAAAUCAACUAGCGGAGGUUCUGAAAAUCAUUCCGCUCCGAAGUAAAAUUAUAUAUAAAUUUUGUUUUAGUUAUCGAAACGGAAUGAUAUUUUUUGAUGAAAACUUUUAACACUAAUAAAUUUUUUAUUAGUUAACAUUAAAUGAAAAAAUUGUCAUUGAAAAGCUGUAUAUAAUAUUCAAAUGUCAACUGAAGUUGUGUAUAGUAUUGGCCACAAUCCAGAAAUAAUAAAGUAUAAUACUCUGCCAAAACGACAAUAUUAAUAUUAAUUUUAUGUAUGAAAAGAGUUAUUGAAUCAAGUUUUUUUUGGAAACAUUGUAUGUUAGAAAAUAUGUGAUAAUUAUGUUAAAUGUACUCAUAUGUUUUGAAAAAUAGAAAUUAAAAAAUACAUCAGUAUAA